AACAGCACAAAGGUCACAUGACACAGCCAGAUGUCAGCUGGACUUCAACAUGGUGGCCAUCACUGAGUUUCAGAAGAUAGGCGUUGGUUUGAUGGGAUUUGGCUUGUUCUUUCUUCUCUUUGGAGUCCUGCUGUACUUUGAUUCUGUUCUGUUGGCAUUUGGAAAUAUCCUGUUUCUGUGCGGGCUGACUUUCAUCACAGGCUUAAGAAGAACAGCACACUUCUUCUUCCAGAGACACAAGUUUAGGGGCUCGUUCUUCUUUUUGGGAGGGGUCACUCUGGUGCUCUGCCGCUGGCCCAUCAUUGGCAUGGUCGCUGAAUGUUAUGGCUUUGUGCUUUUAUUCAGGUCCUUCUUCCCUGUAGCGUUGAGUUUUGUGCUGUCAGCUGUAAAUUUACCAUUCCUCAGUUCGUGGGUCUCAGGCAGCUCAUCGAUGGUCUGAUGAUCGGGGCGUAUAGGAGUAUAGUAGGUUUAUCAAUAUAACAUG